GGUCAUAUAAGUCUUUUCCGCGCAGUUUUACCCUAAGUACAAUGUCAAGCGAUGAAAGAGGUUACACCCAGGACAAUGGUCCAAACAAUGAUAGAGAUAAAGAGCGAGAACGAGAUGAGAGCCAAGAUGGACCACCAGGAAUGGACGCCGGUCUCAUUGAGGGCAACUACGAUGAAGUACAUGAACAUUUUGAUGAUAUGAACUUAAAGGAAGAUCUCCUUAGAGGCAUUUAUGCUUAUGGCUUUGAGAGGCCAUCUGCCAUCCAGCAAAGGGCUAUUAUACCAUGCUGCAAAGGAAUUGAUGUGAUUGCCCAGGCCCAGUCGGGAACAGGAAAGACGGCAACCUUUGCCAUCUCCAUCCUACAGCAGAUUGAUAUUGAGGUUAUGCAGUGUCAAGCACUUGUGCUUGCCCCAACUCGCGAGUUGGCCCAACAGAUACAAAAAGUAAUCAUUGCUUUGGGUGAUUACAUGAAGGCUAAAUGCCAUGCAUGUAUUGGCGGAACUAGUGUGAUGGAUGACUCCGCCAAGUGCAAAGCUGGAGUCCAUGUUGUUGUUGGCACCCCUGGACGUGUCAAUGAUAUGAUUGGCAGGCGAGCUUUGGAUCCCAGGCGUAUUAAGAUGUUUGUCUUGGAUGAAGCUGAUGAAAUGUUGUCGCGUGGCUUCAAAGACCAGAUUUAUGAUGUAUUCAGGCUGCUGCCAAAUGCGCAGUUACAAGUUGUGCUGCUGUCAGCAACAAUGCCCACUGAGGUACUGGAUGUGACAACCAGAUUUAUGCGCAAUCCAAUCAGGAUCCUGGUGAAGAAAGAAGAGCUGACCCUAGAGGGAAUCAAGCAAUUUUAUGUCAGCGUUGAGAAAGAGGAGUGGAAGUUGGAUACGCUAUGUGAUCUGUACGAGACCCUCACCAUUACCCAAGCUGUGAUAUUUUGCAAUACAAGAAGGAAAGUGGAUUGGCUGGCUGGAAAAAUGAAAGCCAGGGACUUUACUGUGUCAAUGAUGCAUGGAGACAUGGACCAGAAGGAGCGUGAUGUAAUUAUGAAGGAAUUCCGCUCUGGGUCUAGCAGAGUUCUGAUUACCACUGAUCUUCUUGCUCGUGGAAUUGACGUUCAACAAGUAUCACUUGUUAUAAAUUAUGAUAUCCCUACAAACAGGGAGAGCUACAUCCAUAGGAUCGGGCGAGGUGGUCGAUUUGGUCGCAAAGGUGUUGCUAUAAAUUUUGUUACCGACGAACAUAAACGUAUGAUGACCGAUAUUGAGCAAUUCUAUAACACUCAGGUUGAUGAAAUGCCCAUGAACGUUGCCGAUCUGAUUUAGAAUUAUAGUGAAUUCUGUGGCUCGAUAUUUGUUCGAUUUUGUUUGAGGAGAUAUAAAAACGUUGCGAGGAUUUUGCUCUACUUCUGCUUUACACGAGACAAAUUGAUGGCGCUCUGAUAUGAUCGAUUGUUUAUCAUUUAAUUGAACAAUUUCUAAGUAUAUAUCCAUUGUGGGUAACAUUAUCUUCCAGACAAAUAUCUCGUUGACAAGAGGAACUUUGAGUACAGCCACCUUGUGUGGGGCAGGGGGUGAUCCUUGCAGCUGCACAAACGUAGUUAAGUUUAAAAAAAAUUAUAUAUAAAACGACGUUGUAGUAUAGUGUUGAAAGGAGAUUUUGUGAUCUACCACGCAUAUUUAAAUGUUAAUUGGAUAUAAACGCUCAUAGAUUUUAGAAAGGAGGGAAUAUCUGCUUCCUCUUGAAAUAAUCAAAAAUUAGCACAAGAAAAAGCCAAAUGAACUUUUUCGUGUUCAGUGUCUUUAAUCAAGGCAAAACGUGUACAUUUAUUUGUUAUUGUAAUUGUAAGAAUAUGGAUAAGCAUAUCCCAUUUUGGCCUAGAAAAGUAAUGGCUAGGCUGGACACAGAGGUUUUUUUCCAUUUUGUUUUCGAUAUAUUCCACGACUCUAAGAAACUGAAACGAUUUACAUAUUUCAGAAUUAAAUUAAAAACGUGCAUCCCAGUCUUUUUUGUGCAACAAAGCUGUGGUGCUUGAUUCUUGUGUUGAUGCCUUGUCAAAUAGGAAAUAAAGAAUAAUCAGUAAUUCUUAACCAA